UCUCUUUGAAAUUUUUAACCCUCCCAUUUUUCAAUGCCCACUAAUUCUACCAUGAUGUUUGAUAAGAAAUACAUAUAUAAUAACGUUUCCACCAUCUUCUUUUUCAACCCAAUUGCUCGCAAUAUCUCUUCAAUCCUCUCUCUCUCUCUCUCUCUCAAGAUGCAUCCCCAUCUCUUCCCAGCCAUCACUCUGUCCUUGAUGAUAAUAGCCAUAACCUUAAUCCAUUGUCCAACAUCCUUGGGCGCAGAAGAUGAGCAAUACCUCAACUGCAGCGCACCAUUAAAUUGUAGCGGCUUUACCGACCUCAGUUAUCCUUUUUGGGGAUUGAAUCGGCCAGAAUAUUGUGGUCACCCAAGUUUUCAGUUAGAUUGCAGCAAUGAUGCCCCGCGAAUCAAUAUCUCAAACAUCAAUUACAGAGUCCUUGAGGUCGAUAAAAUAUUGCAGACUCUCAGGGUUGCUAGGACGGAUUACUGGGACACGAUUUGCCCUUCUGUGCUUGUUAAUACCACCAUAGAUUUCACCCUAUUUUCCUAUAAUACUUCAGAUGCGAACCUGACACUCUAUUAUCAAUGCCCUGUCCCUUUAGUUCCUAUUACAUCUCUGAUCAGUACUAGCGUUCUUCAGUUUAACUGCACCAUAAACAAUACAAAUUUUUUCAGUUACUAUUCCCCGAACAUCUACUCUCCAGAUUUAUCCUCAAUUAGUAACUCAAUCGGCGCAUGCAACUACUGGGUCAAUGUUCCAAUUCUGCUACCAACAGCUGUGGCUCUGAUUCCUCCAACUCAAGAUGCAGUAACAGCAGCUAUUGAUGGCGGCUUCAGGUUGACUUGGAAUGCAAGUAAUCCCCAGUGUGAUACAUGCCUAGGGGCCGGAGGGCUUUGUGGUUCUGACCCAAACACAAGUGCAUUUGCUUGCCACUGUCAAAACGGGACUUUUGUAUCCGGGUGUGCUGGACCUGUAUCAUCAUCAAAACAAAAAUCUGAGGUAUCACUCAGAGUAGGCAUAGCCAUAGCAGGUGCGGCCAUUGCUGGCAUUUUUCUAGGUUUCUUGGUCUUUUCCAUCAGGAAACAAAAGAAAAGACGCGCACAAGAAUCAAAAAGCAAAGACCUGCCUACACCUCCUUCAAGCACAGGUGGACCUGCUUCUUCUAAUUUCGCUCGAAGCAUCCCGUCUUAUCCCUACUCAAAGUCAGAUCUUGAAAAGGGAAGUACCUACUUUGGAGCGCAGAUUUUCAGCUAUGAUGAACUGGAAGAAGCCACUAACAAUUUUGACACUUCUAGAGAACUUGGAGAUGGGGGAUUCGGCACUGUUUACUAUGGCAAGCUCCAUGAUGGGCGUGUAGUUGCAGUGAAGCGCCUACAUGAAAAUAAUAUGAAACGUGUUGAGCAGUUCAUGAAUGAAGUAGAGAUCCUAACUAAGAUAAGGCACCAAAACCUUGUGGCACUGUAUGGGUGCACCUCACAACGUAGCCAAGAACUUAUUCUUGUUUACGAAUAUGUUUCCAAUGGAACUGUUGCUGAUCAUCUCCAUGGAAAUCGAUCCAAGUCUGGUUUGCUGACUUGGCCAGUUCGGUUGAGCAUAGCUAUAGAGUCAGCCGAGGCACUGGCAUAUCUCCAUGUAUCAGAUGUUAUACACCGUGAUGUCAAAACCAACAACAUUCUUCUUGAUGAGAAUUUCCAAGUGAAAGUGGCUGAUUUCGGUUUGUCACGGCUGUUCCCAACAGAUGUCACACAUGUGUCAACUGCUCCACAAGGGACACCUGGGUACGUCGAUCCUGAGUAUUUCCAGUGCUACCAACUCACUCAAAAAAGUGAUGUUUAUAGCUUUGGAGUGGUAUUAAUGGAACUUAUAUCAUCAUUACCAGCUGUGGAUAUGAAUAGGCACCGGCAAGAUAUAAAUUUGGUUAAUAUGGCUGUGAACAAGACUCAAAAUAAUGCGUUACAUGAGUUGGUUGAUCCGCUUCUUGGUUUUGAAAAGGAUUACACAGUGAAGAAGAUGACAACGUCAGUGGCAGAAUUGGCUUUUCGGUGCUUGGAAAAGGAGAGGGAUAUGAGGCCUAGCAUGGAUGAAGUACUGGAGAUUUUGAGAGGAAUCCAGAAUGGGAAUGAAGAGAUGGGUGCUCAGAAAGCUGAAGUGGUGGAUAUUAAGGCUGCAGAUGAUGUUAGGCUUUUGAAGAAUAUUCCUCCCCCGCUUUCUUCAGAUUCAGUUGUGACUGAUAAAUGGGUUAACAGCCCUACAACACCUCAUUCCUCCUAGCUAUUGAGAUUUCCUUCUCUUAUUUUAUUUUUAUUUUUUUUCCUUAAAACUCUAUAAAGUAGAAGGUAAAGUAAUGUACACUCAUGAUUGAAUGUCAAUGAGUGGGUUAGCAUUUCAUUAUCUUCUGUUUUGAUUGUCUUUGUUUUGUGUUAAUAGAAUACAAAUGAGAAAGAAUUCAUAUAUUCGGAGCCGUCAACAAUUAUAUUAAUUCAUGUUGGGAUGUAUUUAAUUA